GUCGAAUGACACAAAGAACGGCAGGUACAAGUAGAUCCACUGAAAUUACCAACAAAAAGGCUGCUGUAGUCAUUGCUCUUAAUGAUCACUGCUGUAGCAUUUCAAAUAGGAUAACAACUGGGGAUUGACAACGAGAGCGUGCAUAGCUAAAGCAGAGGAAAACGUUGAAACAAAUCGAUACAGACGAAUAUCUUCACCAUGUGGUGUUUGGUGUCUCUAAUACAGUGGCCUUUGACUUCGGCCCGAAGUCCAGUGUUCACGAGAACUCGAAACAAGGCAAUGGAGCUAAGGAAUUUCUCGGCACACAAUCGCGGGUCGAAGCGCCAAAACCAAUGGUUGCAUACGGGUUACGACCGCAGACGCCACUCUGACGUUAAUCGCUCGACCGGCCGUUUCUUCUUUGCGAUGACGACCAUGGCGUCAGCGAUUUCCAUAUUCGUAAUGGGAAACUUGAAAUCAGAGAUAGAAUUGAAAGCUUUAAGGAGUGGUAAGGAAGAGAAGAAGUGAAAAUUAAAUAUUGAUAUUCGAAUCGAAAGCUUCAUGUAUUUCAAGUAUCGUUUGGAAACACGCAAACCAGUUUUCGGUGUUUUGGGUGGUGCACCUUAAAUUGGUGAUGUUCAGGUACAAUACGGCACAAGAAUUUUUCUACGGAAGUGUAGUCAACUUGAGCUUAUAUUGAUUUGAUGAUAUUGAUAAACGAAUUUUAUAGAACGUGGCACUAUUGUAUACAGCAGGAAUAAAGGCUUCGAGGAGAGUACAGAUGCUUUCCCAGUGCAAACAGAAACGCAGCAAUCGGUAUAAAUUUCAAACCUCAGUUGGGCAUUUUCGUCCGAAAGAGAUCAGCAUUUUAUUUGCUGCUGUUUCACAUCGAGAACUAAAUGAUCGACGUCAGCGAUUAUGGUUUCGGUGUAGUAAUUUCCCCUCAUUGCCUAGUCUCUUCUUUGCACAGAUCAUUCUCUUCUAUAUUUUUGGUUUAUUGAAAUGGUUUGUCAUCGUCCAGAAUAUCGACAUCGAUCACAGCACCUUUGUCGACGCCUGAAUCACUAGUGUUUUUUCUUGUUUCCGAGGUUCGUGUAGUCGACGCCUGCUGCUGUUGCUGCGGAGGCGUUGAAAAUAAGUCGAAAAUGCUCUGUCCUCCCAUUGGCGAAUUGAGAUCAUCAAUGCUCGUCCUGCCGGAUACAUUGUUGAUUCCUGUGUUGUCGUCAUUGGCUUGCAACACCGCUCCACAACUGAAGCAAAUAGAUUGGGCUGGCAUCACAUCGUCUACGACGUUUGUGCCACUGCUUUUUGUUUUCAUGACGGUGGCCGGCGCUCCGCAAUUCGGACAUUCUCCUUUCACGGUGUUUAGUGACGACCAUACCUGAAAUCCAACCGUUGCCAGCAAUGGCAACAAAAAUGCGAGCAACAAAAACGAGUUAAAAAUGCCCAAGACGAACCCCCCGAGUGGAGAGAUGAAAAACCCGACCACCAGAAGCAAGGAACCAACGCUCUUGGCAACCUCUGAAAUCUCGUUCUUGUCUCCUCCUCCGCCUCCGCUGCCUCCGGGUGGUAAAUUGUACAUCGAUAGACUGGUCGUCGAGGACGAAUACCAUGGCUUGAUGCUUCGUGCAUUCUGGGCGUAAACUUCGUGAAAGGUUGUCCGUUGCAAGUUAGUCCUGCCGUCCGCCGGGGAGAUAAAACGCGACAACUGUGGCUGUACUAACUUCUUCGAUGAUAUCGUGAAAGCAUUCGAAGUUGACCUCAACAGUAAGAAGGGAGCUAGCACUAGAACCGACGAGAGGAAGCUACGGAACUUAGUGUCUGUU